AUGGAUGAUGGCGGGCAACAUCAAAAUGGAAGGUAUAAGAUGGACUAUUACAAGGCAGCUCACCCUCACCCUCCCUGGAAUAUGAUGCCUCAACAUCAAGUGAAGGAGCAAACGAAUGCCUUGGCAAUGAAUAAGAAGAUAAUGACCAUACUCAUUGAGAGGGAUGAUGCCAUUCGAGAACGGAAUUUGGCACUAGCUGAAAAGAAGGAAGCCUUGGCUGCACGAGAUGAAGCAAUCCAGCAGCGAGAGAAGGCCCUCGUUGAACGGGAUAAAGCCUUGAUGGAUCGAGACAAUGCUCUAGCAGCAAUUCAAUACCGGGAAAAUGCAAUGAGCUAUCCUUUGAGUGGAAGUCAACGAGGACCAAAGCGCAUUCCCCAUCCACUAUACCAUUCAAAUGACAUGUCAGAAGCUCUUGACACAGGGGAAAUGCACGUCAUUGAUGCCUUGCCUAUAUCAUCUGUUACUGCUGAAACUGGGAAGUCACGCCAGACAAAGCGAUCGAAGGAAAAUAAGGCAGUUGGGUUGAAGGCAGCCAAGUCGCCAAGGAAGGGGAAUAGAGUGGGUGAGGAUCUGAAUAAGCAAGGUGCUUCUGACGGGAAGAAGAUUAAGGUUGAGUGGGAUAGUCAGGAUGUGGGCUUAAACCUUAUCAAUUUUGAUGAAACCACCAUGCCAGCGCCUGUUUGUUCAUGCACUGGACUUCCCCGGCAAUGCUACAAAUGGGGUAGUGGUGGGUGGCAGUCAGCCUGUUGCACAACCACCAUGUCAUCAUAUCCGCUACCACAGAUGCCAAAUAAACGACAUGCCCGAGUUGGUGGCCGGAAGAUGAGUGGUAAUGUAUUCAAAAGAUUGCUUAGUCGGCUGGCAGCAGAGGGUCAUGACCUUUCGAUCCCUCUUGACCUCAAGGAUUACUGGGCCAGACAUGGGACCAAUCGCUAUAUCACCAUUAAGUAG